AUGGGUCCUGCACACAAUCACAGAAUGAUCACAAACACAUCAGGGUGGGCUCUAUUGGGUGGUAGCGCCUCCCGCCGAUUCAAAGUCGUCAUCGGCGCCUUAAUCCUUUUCAUCGCAUCGGCGGUUUUGGUCCUACAACCAGACUGGCGUGUCGCCAGCUCCAAGCUGCGUGUGCCCAGCUCACACCACCAACCUAUAUCUGGGCCAUCGACGAAUCCUCCGACGAAUCCUCUUCCAAACCCUUCGUCACAACCUCCGACAAGUCCUUCGACAAGCCCUCCAAACGAGAACAAUCUUUCAAACGAGGACAAUCUUCCAAACGAGAACAAUUCUCCGCCCCAGAAAGGCAGCGCUGGCAUUGGGCACAAUCCACGAACCGCCGUCUUAUCACCCGACGUGGAUGGUAUUUUGCUGUCCGCUGGAACGCCCUUCUUCAGUUCUCCAAGCGGACGGCAUGCUCUCGUCCUGCAAGAUGAUGGCGACCUCGUCCUCAACCGCGUGGACGCCGACGGAAGCUCCCACCCCCUGUGGUGGACGGGUACCGGCGAUAAACACAAGGGUGGGCGUAUCCUUUACGUUGACAAGCAGAAAGGUCAUAUCCGUAUUGUUUUGAACGCCAUGUUGAAGAACACUUGGACGACGAUAUGGCACAGUGACCUGGAGCCGGCGUGUAGAAAAGCCAACAGUGGCAUCGUAAAGCGCGACGGUGAGAGCAACCAGCCGCAGUCGACAGGAAUGCUGGAGAGGGAACCCGGGCAACUCGAGCUCUCGGACAAUGGAAGGCUCUCAAUCGCCGGAAUGUGCGACCUCUAUGUCGCGCCGAGGGAGCGUGAGAAAGAGCGCAGCCUGGCCGUCAUCGUCGCGGGGCUGUAUAGGACCAACCACGUCACCUGCAAGACGCACAUGGAUAAGCUCGUGGCCAACCACCCGUCCUUUUCGAGGAUCGAUGUCUUUGUGUAUGCGCUCUUCGAGCCCGCCGACGUUGACUUGUUCAAACGUACCAAGGAGUCUAUCGAGGCGGAGCUGCGGGAAUGCUACGGCUCGCACCUUCGGUCUGUCGAUGUUUUGCCUGUGGACCGAGUGGAAAUAGACUUUCCCGGUGGCAAAAACGCGACAGCGGCGACGCCGUGCAAGGGAAAGCUGCGGCGGCUGAACAACCAGUUGAAGACGGUUUCGUUGGCGGCGCAGCAGUGGUGGGCUUGGAGCAUCGCGAACGGAUAUAUCCACGACACGAUCCUGCGAAUCCGCACCGAUACGUCGUUCUGGGAGAGGCCAGAAUUCAAGAGCCUGGAAGAGCUGGGGCAGAACACGCUCGUCCUGCCGCAUCCGCGUGGCGAGCACUACUUUUACUGCGCCCGGAUGAGCGGGCGAGUGAGUGUUGGACCAAGCGAUCAAAUCGCCUACGGCAGCGCGGCUGCUAUGGGCCAUUGGCUAUACAUGUACGACCGGUUCAAACAGAUGGUGGACCUCGCGGCGGAUGCCUCCAGACCGGCACUACGCGACUUCUCGGGGUGUGAGGUGAUGCCCUCGGGUCCGUUGGCAAGCGACUGCAAAAAACCGGCGCCGUGCUCAAUAGAAUGUUUGGUCGGGUGGUUCCUCGAUGCUCGCGGGGUGGACUUCCACAUCGAAUGGGGCUGGCAGCAGAGCCUGUGGAGGUGGAGAGACAUCGGACCGGUUGGGGCAGAACAGGAGAGGCAGGCUGAUAUUGAUGAUGAGGUUGAAGAGGACGGGAUGCUGUGGGGAUAA